ACUAAGGAUGGAGAAGUGGCUACUAGUCUUUCCGAUGGAUCAUAUUUUGGAGAGAUCUGUUUGCUAACGAACGCGAAGAGGGUGGCUAGUGUACGUGCUGAGACAUACUGCAACCUAUUUUCACUUUCUAAAGAACACUUUGCUGAAGUACUAGAGAGUUACCCUGUAAUGCGACGAACUAUGGAAAGUGUUGCUGCCCAAAGACUCAACAAAAUAGGAAAGAAUCCUAGUAUUGUAAGCAAUAGGGACAAUUUUGAAGAAGAUGUACAAAAUCUGAACGAUCUUAUACAGUCAACCACUCCGUUUGGAAGUGGAAGCGAAGACAGUGAAGAUGAACCGGCAUUUAGUGACGAUGAUAAAACAUCACGAGCCUC